AUGUUCAGAGCGGUUCAUGCAGUGCCGAAGCGUCCCGCCUUGCGAGUACGCUUUCCACUAUCCUCGAGUGUCUGCGGUGCGACCAUCCGCCUUCUACGGAACCAAUCAACCCGCCAUAUCUUCCAAAGCACCAAUGUCUUGAAGAGACAUAAGAGCACACUUGCCUCGUCAGGCGUUGCCUCCGCGUAUGUCAUACAACCGUGUAGACCAGGCCAAUAUAGAAUCCCACCCAAGUCCAUUAUCAUCGUGAAUAAACUUCGCACAAAACCGGUUGUGGACGCUAUUGAGGCAUUACUCAGUUACAUGCGCGAAAAGCAUCCCGACGUGCGGGUAUACCAUGAAGAUAGGACAGAUAGACCCGAAGGCACGGAGAUUUGGCACCCUGGUCCUCAGGCUGAACCAAUUGACUUGAUAGUCACACUCGGUGGUGAUGGUACCAUAUUGCAUGCAGCGUCGCUCUUCAAAGUUGGUGCUGUACCACCCGUCCUCAGUUUUUCUAUGGGCACUCUAGGCUUCCUCCUGCCUUUCCACAUCGACGAUUUCGGGAAGGCUAUUGAGACUGCAUUUGAAGGCAAAGCGACCGUUCUCCAUCGUAUGCGUCUCAACUGUACGUUCCAAAACAAGGACGGACAUGACAUGAAGGAUGUCAUGAACGAAGUCGCACUUCACCGAGGCGCAAGCCCGCAUCUGAACACCAUCGAUAUCUUCGUAGAUGGGCAACACCUUACUGAGGCGGUGUCAGAUGGCAUAAUCGUGUCGACGCCUACCGGAUCUACUGCGUAUUCGCUCUCGGCCGGAGGGCCUAUUGUCCAUCCUUCGUUGAGUGCACUGGUCCUGACACCAAUCUGCCCGCGCAGUCUUUCAUUCCGUCCCCUGGUUUUCCCCUCAUCCUCAUCUAUCACCCUUCGGCUUUCUGAGCGCAGCCGCGCAGAGGCAGGUUUGUCUAUGGAUGGCCAGGCCUCUCACGUGCUGAAGCCUGGGGAGGCGAUCACGGUACAGGCGUCAUUAUAUCCCGUGCCGUGCAUCAACCGUUCGUCCAUAGCUGAGCCAGACGACAACCGAGAUGGCGAGGGCGCAGGUCCCGGGAAGGAGGAUGACUGGGUUCGUGAUAUCAACAACCUCUUGCAGUACAACGCGACAUUCCGGAGCAAGGCGCUGCUUCGGCAUAGUCGGACGUGA